CCCCCCAUUGCCCUCUAAAUUCAUGAUCACAUGACUGUGGAUAUGGACGCGGUCCUGUCCGACUUUGUCCGAUCCACUGGAGCUGAACCGGGACUGGCUAGAGACCUUCUGGAGGGCAAGAACUGGGAUUUCACUGCUGCCCUCAGCGACUUUGAGCAGCUGCGGCAGGUGCAUGCUGGGAACCUGCCAUACUCGUUUGCUGAAGAGAGAACUUACCCUCCCCCUGAUAGGGAGGUGGCUAGGGUGGGACGGCCCCUUCUCCACCGCCAAGAUGAGGUGGUGCAAGCUACAGAAAAGCGUCUGUCAAGGGGCAUCUCCCAUGCCAGCUCCACCAUUGUGUCCCUGGCCCGGUCUCAUGUCUCUAGCACGGGCGCUAGCAGCAGUGAGCUCCUUCUGGACACACCACUCUGCACUUUCCAACUACCAGACCUCACUGUGUACCGGGAUGACUUCCGGGGUUUCAUUGAAAGGGACCUUAUCGAACAGUCUAUGAUGGUGUCCUUGGAACAAGCUGGGCGACUAAACUGGUGGACGCGGGUGGGACCUAACUGCCAGAGUCUGUUACCUCUGGCAACCAGCGGGGAUGGAAAUUGCCUGUUACACGCAGCCUCGCUUGGUAUGUGGGGCUUCCAUGACCGGGACUUGAUGCUACGGAAAUCCCUGUAUGCGCUGAUGGACCAUGGCCAGGAGAGGGAGGCACUGAAGCGCAGAUGGAGGUGGCAGCAGACUCAGCAGAACAAAGAAUCUGGCCUGGUGUACACAGAGGAGGAGUGGCAGAAGGAGUGGAAUGAGCUUUUGAAGCUUGCAUCCAGCGAACCCAGAAUCCACUACAGCACCAAUGGCACCAACGGGCCAGAGUCCUCAGACGAACCGGUGUAUGAGAGCUUAGAGGAGUUCCAUGUCUUUGUCCUGGCCCAUGUCCUCAGAAGACCCAUAGUAGUGGUGGCUGACACCAUGCUCAGGGACUCUGGAGGAGAGGCCUUUGCUCCCAUCCCAUUUGGAGGCAUCUACCUGCCGCUAGAGGUUCCUGCUAACAAGUGCCAUCGCUCCCCCCUGGUCUUGGCCUACGAUCAGGCUCACUUCUCUGCCCUGGUCUCUAUGGAGCAGAAAGACGGCUCCAAAGAGCAAGUAGUGAUUCCUCUCACAGACUCAGAGCACAAGAUGCUGCCCGUGCACUUUGCUGUGGACCCAGGGAGGGACUGGGAGUGGGGGAAAGAUGACACGGACAAUGUGAUGUUGGCAUGUGUGGCUCUCUCGCUGGAAGCCAAGCUCCAGAUGUUACACAGCUACAUGACAGUCACCUGGCUCCCCUUACCAUGUGAGCAAGCUCCACUGGCCCAGCCAGAGUCUCCCACUGCAUCUGCAGGAGAGGACGCCCGCACCCCUCCAGACUCUGGAGAGUCUGACAAAGAGUCUGUCAGUAGCAACUCCAAUGGCAACGGAGACACUGCUACGGGAGCAACUGUCAACGGAGGCGGGGCAUCAACCAAGAACCCUUCCUCUUCCUCAUCCAGUUCCUCCAGUAAUGGCUCAGCAAGUAUGGGGAUGGCAGGCAAAGACAAGAGCAAGAAGGACAAAGAGAAGGAGAAGAAGAGGGCUGACUCUGUGGCCAACAAACUGGGCAGCUUUGGUAAGAGCCUUGGCAGUAAACUGAAGAAGAACGUUGGAGGACUAAUGACUGGGAAGAAUGUGGGACCAGGAGGAGCCAAGCAGGAGAGCGGAGAGAAGAAGAAAGGCUCGUUGAGGGGUAGGAAGGGCAGCAAGGAUAGCUCGCCCUCUACCCAUACUUCCGAGGAUUCUGGGAAAGGCUCGCCCUCCUCGGGCAGCGAGCGGUUAAACGGGACAAGUAGCAGCAGCAGCACAGAGAGCGAUCCCUACAAGUACAGCGCUGACGUCAAAGCCAGCUUGGGCAUUCUGCGUGCCACCAUGCAGGGCGAGAGAAAAUUCAUCUUUGCUGGUCUUCUCACCACCAGCAACCGCCAGCCCUUCCAGGAGGAGAUGAUACAGCGUUAUCUGGCAGAUGCCGAGGAGCGCUUCCGGGCUGAACAGGAACAGCAGCGCCGUGAGGUAGAGAGGAAAGCAGUCACCAACGGCAUUCAGCUGCCCAAGAAGGAGACAGGUGUUGGUCCAGAGCUGAGCUAUCGCUCCUACGAGAACAAAGAGGAGCCAUCUGAGAGCUCUCCGCCCUCUUAUAACCAUCUUCAGCCAGCUCCCCUCAGCCCCUCCAUGUACUCUGGAGUCGUACCUAUCCCUCGACCCUCUUUCAUAGAACAGCCCCCCGCCUCGGUGCCUAUCACUCAGCACCUCCACAUGCAUGGCUACAUGGAGACAAGGCGCCAGCUAGCUGGUGGCUCCCCAGCAUCCUCUUAUCCUGGCCUGCCCUCAUACGCUACUCUCCCCCGCCACUGCCCCACAGCACAGGGUCUUGCCCUCCCCCAGUACAACCACCUGCAAGCCCCCACCUCCCUCACCCCCUCUCGUCUCACCUCUUCCUCCUUCAACUCUUCCUACCCCCCAGAGCACCACCCCCCAGACUACCCUGCUGCUGAUCCGGUGGGUGGCAGCUACAGUAAUGGGUUCCGGGACACGCGCUCCAGCCUGGACUCUCGGAGUGGGCCACCACCGGUCAGACACUACUCGCUGGGCAGUGCUGGUGGUUUGGCCAAUCUGCAGUCCAGCCGCUGCCGGACCCCAAGCUGCACCUACUAUGGACACCCAGAGACGGGCAACUACUGCUCCUACUGCUACCGGGAGGAGCUGAAGAGGAGGGAGACAGAACCAGCCAUCCACAGGUUCUGA